AUGGCUCCCGACAUGUCCUCGAACACCACCACUCUCACCCUUGCAUUGAGAGCUGCGCCACCAAAGUCAGUCACUCUUGAUCCCUACUUCACCCUCCUGUACGAAGACAACAAGAAGGCCUUACUCCACUUCCUCCACCACAAAGCAGCCCUUCCUGUCCAAGACAUGCUCGGGACUCCAAGAUUUGUCGAAUAUCUUUUGAGCAAAGAACCCGGCCCAAAGGUCCAGUACGCAAACCUUCGGCCUGCCUUGUCUGCCAUUCGUUCGUUCUUGGUCAGCUCUCAUGGUGGCAAAAAGCUGUUGGCAUUCUACAAGCAUCUCCUGCAAGUUCAAGGUCGCUGGUUGAUGGCGGCAGCUGAGUUCGUCGGCUUUGAACUCUAUGUCAAGCUCACUCGCGCUCUCUUCAUCACUCGCGAUGACAAGCAGCUCUUGGCCCAUUUCAUGAAGGUCAUCCCCAACGCCCUGUCCAAGCUUGCGAAUUGCAGCAAUGUCGACAGAGCCAGCUUUGAAGCCCAAGUGAACGUCGAAAAGACUCGUCUUCAGGAGGCCAGCGUGGCUGCGGCAGACAGCCUCUUCAACUUCAAAGUCUCCAAGGAGUUCUACUAUACCCACGGAAAACUUCUCACUGCAAUGGAAGUCCAUGAGAAGAAGCUUCAAGAACUGCGUGAGCGGGCUGUGCGCCGUAAAGCUGAACGCCAGGCCAGGAUCCAAGCCGCGUACGCACGAAAUUCAGCUACCCUCAGCCGACAGAUGGGUAUGACAGGUAUGACUCCACACAAUCCACAAGUCGAAGCCUCGGUUUUUCAAUACACCAAACGAAUCCGUGACGAGUUCUUCUCUUUCGGUGAGGACACUGGUGCUGAAGAGCCUCUCGACUUGACCGAUGACUGA